GCUGCGGUGACAUCACCGAACAAAGUUAUCCAGUGUUGGUUCGCCGGUCUUUGUAGCCCAGAUAUCAGGAUAGACAGGUUUGUAGUGGCAACUUGAGUCAGCCGGAUCCCUGUGGCACUUUCCAUCUAUAACUCGAACAAAGGAUAGAGGAAGUAACAAUGGGUUGUUUGGGUGACCGUGACGCCGUCACUCGGCGUGCCUUCACGGCUUCACUUUGCUGUUGUUCUUCGAUGUACUCGUGCUUUGACCGAUGUAUUGUAUUCAUAAGACCUAUUUCACCAAGCGGAAUGAUGCUCCCGUAUCCCUAUAAAACACUUCUACCUUGAUUACUACGGUGGUAGCAUAUCCCUUUAUUCUACACCACUCAAAUAGUCUUAACAACAUACACCAAGCGCUAAACAUGUCUAUCAACUGGGGCGGCAUCGAGUCCGCCGGCUUGACGGGUUCCACCCAAAAGACCGGUACCGGGGGCUUCCGUGCCAUACACCUCGACUUCCGGGUACCCCUGGCACACAACGACCCGAAAUGCCAGGAAACGAUACGGCUUCAGGCGGACCUCGUCUACGGACACGGCGGAUCUGGUACCACCGGGUAUACUCCCGACCUAGCCGGUGUCCUAAGUUCCCUCACAUCCCCCCUCUGCCCGAGCGGCACAGCGCCCGUCGCCGUCUACCUCUGCGGCGGGCCGGGUUCCGGCAACCCAGCUUUCGCAUACCCCGAGCUGACAAGCACCCUCCUCGACAAGAUGGAGACCCCCGUGCUCUACCUCGACUACCGCGGCACCGGGGGCAGCGAUCCCAUCACGGCGUCCAAGUUGGAGGGGCUCAGGCCGAAGGAUGCGGCGCGUCAACUGAUGCUCUACCGACAGGACUCCAUCGUGGCGGAUCUCGAGGCGGUACGGCUCCGCCUGGGCAAAGUCUGCCAGAAGAAUGUCAAGUUCGCGCUGGUGGGGCAGUCUUUUGGCGGGUGGAUCGCCAUGACUUACUUGUCUUUUUUGCCGGGCAGUCUGGCCGGGGUGUGGCUGACUGGUGGGAUGCCGGCGAUCGGGAAGACGCCUGACGAGGUGUACAAGGCGCUGUAUAAGCGGCUGGUCCGCGCGAAUGAGAGGUACUAUGCGAAGUAUCCCCAGGACGUGGGACGGGUGCGGGAGGUUUUACACUCUCUCGCGGCGGCAAAUCGCGGACAAGGCCUCAUCGCCGAUGACGGGCAGAGACUAACCCCGCGGGGAUUUCUGACCAUGGGGCGGCAUUUUGGGCGCGGCGAGGAAGGGUUUGCGGAAGUCCACGCGCGGGUGAGGUCGCUUCUCGACCCCAACAUGGUUGAUCAUGGAAGGACCGAUGACCCGGACGUCGGGGGAUUCAAACUGCCGGAGAGGCCGCUCUAUGCCGCCCUGCACGAGGCGAUUUAUUGUUGUGGCCCUGGCGUGGCGUCCAAGUGGGCGGCGCAGUAUAUCGGGAAGCAGCAAACGGGUGGGCAUUUUGCGUGGCUCGACAGCGAUUUCAAGUUCGAGCGCCCCUCCUCUAACACACCCGACCCAUCCACAGCGCUCUACUUCUCGGGGGAGAUGAUCCACAGGUUCAUGUUGCGGGAAGCCGGACCGGCGAUGCAACCUGCGUUCAUUGAACCGUCCGAGAUACUUGCGCAGUGCAAGUCCUGGCCGGCGCUCUACGACACAGUAGCGCUGAGAAGAAACACAGUACCCCUACGAGCGUUAAUGUAUCCCGAGGACUUGUUCGUCGACUUUGAUCUGUCUCGGGAUGCGGCAAACGGCGUGAGGAACUGCGAACAGAUCUAUGCACCGUCCCACUGGGCCCAUGCCGAUAUCAAGAAAAGAAGUCGCGAGCAUAACACCAUCGCAGCCAUGGCUCCCACAGAUGCACCCACGCUCCUCUGGGGCGGCCGCUUUACCAGCGCGAUCGACGAUCUGAUGUUCCAGUUCAACGAGUCACUCUCGUUCGACAAGGUGUUCUAGAAGGCGAUCUCCACGGUUCUAUUACCUGGGCCAAGCCAUGCGCAAGCUCGACAUCCUCACGGACGAUGAGCUACAGCAGAUUGUAGGGCGGCUGCAGCAGGUGGAGAAGGAGUGGGAGGAGGGCAAGUUCGUCAUUGACGCCAAGUCGGACGAGGAAAUCAGUGCUGGCCAUGCUCAAGAUCCACGGCGACAAGAUGAAGGCCGCCCUGACGGACGACAUGCUGGCCACUGACAUCG